AAUCAAGGCCAUUGAAAGUCCCAACAAAGAUGAUGACACACAGUGGCUGACUUACUGGGUUGUGUAUGGCAUUUUCAGCAUAGUGGAAUUUUUCUCUGAUAUCUUUCUGUCCUGGUUCCCUUUCUACUACAUGCUAAAGUGUGGCUUCCUGUUGUGGUGUAUGGCUCCAAGCCCUUCUAAUGGGGCAGAGUUUCUCUAUCAUCGAAUUAUCCGGCCUUUCUUCUUGAAGCACGAAGCUCAGCUCGACAGUGUUGUUAAAGACCUGAAAGACAAGGCUGCAGAGACUGCAGAUACUAUCACUAAAGAAGGUGAGGAAAAGACUAUUCACUAA